AUGCUGAACCAAACCUCAGUCACUGAGUUUCUCCUUUUGGGAGUGACAGAUAUCCAAGAACUGUGGCCCUUUCUCUUCGUGGUUUUCCUCACCAUCUAUUUGAUCAAUGUGGCUGGAAAUGGAGCUAUCCUGAUGAUUGUCAUCCGUGAUCCCAAACUCCAUUCACCUAUGUAUUUCUUCCUGGGAAACCUAUCGUGUCUAGAUAUCUGCUACUCCACCGUGACAUUGCCAAAGAUGCUGGAGAAUUUUCUUUCUCCAAACAAAGCAAUCUCCUUUGUGGGAUGCAUCAGCCAGCUUCAUUUCUUUCAUUUCCUGGGCAGCACAGAGGCCAUGCUACUGGCUGUGAUGGCCUUUGACCGUUUUGUGGCCAUCUGCAAGCCACUUCGUUACACUGUCAUCAUGAAUCAUCAGCACUGUACCCAGAUGGCUGGCACUGUCUGGGUCAUUGGAUUUUCCCAUGCCCUGAUGCACUCCAUAAUGACCUCUAACUUGAACUUCUGUCGUUUCAACCACAUCCAUCACUUCUUCUGUGAUAUUAAGCCAUUGUUAGAGUUGGCCUGUGGGAACACUGAUCUCAACCAGUGGCUGCUGAACACUGUCACGGGGACCAUUGCCAUGUGCCCCUUCUUCCUUACACUUCUCUCCUAUUCCUACAUCAUCACCUCUCUCCUCUUCAAGACCCGUUCUUGCAGCGUGCUUCACAAAGCAUUAUCCACCUGCGCUUCCCACUUCAUGGUAGUUACUCUUUUUUAUGUUCCUGUUCUAGUCACGUAUGCUCGUCCUUCCUCAGGCAGCUCCAUGGAGCAGGAACGGGUCAUUGCCAUCAUGUACACUGUGGUCACCCCUGUGCUAAACCCACUGAUCUACACUUUGAGGAACAAGGACGUAAAGAGGGCCUUGAUCAAGGCAGUCAGAAGGAACUAUCGCUGGAGAAAUCCAGAGACUGCAUCUGAAGCAUAA